CUGCCAGCUUGUGGGGUCCAUAUAAGGACAUAUGGCAGACUGUAAUGAAUGCCAUUUGGAAAAGGCAACCUGAAGCUAUUCAUCGCCUUGACCAGGUUUUGAAGAAACACAAAUCUGACUUCAUUUCUCUCUUCAGAAAUCCGCCAAAGAAUGUUCAGCAGCAUGAGAAAAUUCAGAAAGCGAGUACAGAAGGGGUUGCUAUCCAGGGUCAGCAGGGAACUAGGCUUUUGCCAGAGCAACUCAUCAGAGAAGCCUUUAUCCUCAGUGACCUCUUUGAUAUUGGAGAGUUGGCAGCUGUUGAGCUCCUUCUUGCUGGAGAGCACCAGCAACCUCAUUUUCCUGGCCUGACAAGAGGUCUAGUGGCUGUUCUGUUGUACUGGGAUGGAAAAAGAUGCAUUGCCAAUUCGCUUCGAACCCUCAUCCAGUCACGCCAAGGCAAGACCUGGACAUUGGAACUCAGUCAAGAGUUAGUGUCCAUGACAACACGCUUUACAGAUGACCUAAUGGAGCAGGGUUUAACUCAGAAGAUUCUCACUCUUGUGUCUCACAUUGAUUUGAACAAUGAAUUUGAUAAACUCCAGAGAGAGCGAGGACUGGGCAGUGAGAAACAUCGCAAAGAGGUUUCUGACCUCAUUAAAGAAUGCCGACAGUCCUUGGCUGAAAGUCUGUUUGUCUGGACCUGCCAGUCACCACUGAGUAAGGAUGACACUCUAAUCCUCAUAAGUUACCUGGAGAAAGUAACAGUGGAAGCUGAUGGCUCACUGGACGGCGUGAACUUGUCUCUUCUCAUGGCUCUCCUUUACUGCUUUGAUGUCAGCUUUCUGGAACAAGGCACGGAGGAUCGUGAAGAUCUGAUGCACCGGCUGCCUCUGCUGGCAGAAAGACAGUAUAUAGCAACAAUACAUACUCGUCUUCAGGACUCUCAGCCUUGGAAAUUACCAGGCCUGCAAGCUACUGUUAGAUUAGCCUGGGCGCUGGCAUUACGAGGAAUAUCCCAAUUAUCCGAUGUGACAGCUCUUGCAGAAUUCACUGAGGCAGAUGAAGCAAUGGCAGAGCUAGCGGUUGCUGAUGAUGUCUUCCUGUUCCUGACUGAAUCUGUUGUGGGGUCUGAAAAUUUCUACCAGGAGGAAUUUUAUAUUCGCAAAAUUCAUAACCUUGUCACAGACUUCCUUGCACUCAUGCCAAUGAAAGUGAAACAGCUGAGAAACCGCGCUGAUGAAGAUGCUCGCAUGAUCCACAUGAGUAUUCAGAUGGGUAAUGAUCCACCUAUUUCCCUUCGGAGAGAUCUGGAACAUUUAAUGCUUUUAAUCGCUGAAUUGUAUAGGAAAGACCCCUUUAAUCUGGAACUUGCCCUUGAAUACUGGUGUCCAUCAGAGCCUUUGCAGACAUCUACCAUCAUGGGAUCCUACCUUGGAGUAGCUCAUCAGCGACCCCCUCAGCGCCAGGUUGUCUUGUCAAAGUUUGUUAGGCAAAUGGGAGAUCUACUUCCUUCCACAAUUUACAUCCCAUACUUGAAAAUGCUGCGGGGACUGGCUAGUGGGCCUCAGUGUGCUCAUUACUGCUUUAGUUUGCUAAAAGUCAAUGGCAGUAGUCAUGCAGAGAACAUCCAAGGAGCAGGUGGCAGCCCUGUCUCCUGGGAGCAUUUCUUCCACUCUUUGAUGCUUUAUCAUGAGCACUUAAGGAAAGACUUGCCAAGUGCAGACAGUGUCCAGUAUCGUCACCUGCCUCUCCGAGGAAUCACGCAGAAAGAACAGGAUGGAUUAAUUGCCUUUUUACAGCUGACCACUGUUAUAGUAAAUUGGAGUGAGAACGCUCGCUUGGCUCUUUGUGAGCACCCUCAGUGGACACCAGUAGUGGUCAUUCUGGGACUUCUGCAGUGCAGCAUUCCUCCUGUUUUGAAAGCAGAACUAUUAGAAACCCUUACUGCUUUUGGAAAAUCUCCUGAAAUAGCUGCUUCGCUCUGGCAAUCCCUGGAAUAUUCACAGAUAUUACAGACUGUGAGAAGUCCAGGCCAGAGACAAGCCAUUGGUAUUGAGGUUGAACUGAAUGAGAUUGAGUCCCGAUGUGAGGAAUAUCCUUUAACCCGUGCAUUCUGUCGACUCAUCAGCACACUAGUGGAGAGUUCAUUCCCCUCUAACUUGGGAGCAGGUCUCCGCCCACCAGGCUUUGAUCCCUAUCUCCAGUUCCUCAGGGAUGCUGUGUUUCUCCGAUUCCGCACCAGAGCUUACCGGAGAGCUGCUGAAAAAUGGGAAGUAGCUGAGGUAGUUCUGGAAGUGUUUUACAAAUUGCUGCGGGACUAUGAACCUCAACUGGAAGACUUUGUGGACCAAUAUGUGGAGUUACAAGGAGAAGAAAUAAUAGCAUUUAAACCACCUGGAUUCAAUUUGAUGUAUCACCUAUUGAAUGAGUCGCCCAUGCUGGAACUGUCCCUUAGUUUGCUAGAAGAAGGGGUUAAGCAGCUUGAUACUUAUGCUCCAUUUCCUGGGAAGAAGCAUUUAGAGAAAGCUGUACAGUAUUGCCUUGCACUUCUAAACUUCACCCUACAGAAGGAGAAUGCUUUUAUGGAUCUGUUGCGGGAGAGCCACCUUUCCCUUAUUGUCACACCAUUGGAGCAGCUGCUUCAGGGAAUCAAUCCUCGCACUAAAAAGGCAGAUCAUGUGGUGAAUAUUGCUAGGUAUCUUUAUCAUGGAAACAGCAAUCCUGAACUGGCUUUUGAAAGUGCCAAGAUUUUGUGCUGUAUUUCUUGUAAUUCUAACAUCCAGAUAAAGCUAGUUGGUGAUUUCACACAUGAUCAGAGUAUUAGCCAGAAGUUGAUGGCUGGGUUUGUGGAAUGUUUGGACAAUGAAGAUGCAGAAGAAUUAAUUAAUCCAGAUGAGGAGCUGGAGCCUGAAAAGAAGCGGGCACGAAUCCAUCAUGAAACGAGGAUCCAUAUUCUAAAUCUCCUUAUCACCUCUCUUGAGUGUAGUCCUCCCAGCCUUGCUCUGUAUCUCUUGGGAUAUGAACUAAAGAAACCUGUCAGCACCACAAAUCUGCAAGAUCCAG